CACUGUAAACAAAGCAUGCUGUCUUAUCUUCAUGUCCCAUGUCCUACCGUUCACACACUCCAGUUCACACCAUUCUUUGCUGAGCAAGAAUCUCAUUACUAUAUAAAUAAUAAUAAAGUUUUAAGUUUCUCUUUUAUUUUGAGUCUGAUACUGGCUGUACAUUCAACUAACAUGAAAGUUGUUUGCCAAAGAAUUCCAUGUGCUUCAGAAACUUUGCAGCUCAAGCUAACUUUAGGAGGAGGUCAAAGUUUUAGAUGGAAGGAAAUAAAGGAUGGCAAAUGGCGUGGUGUUUUUUUGAACAAAGUUUGGACGCUGUGGAAUGACAAAGAGUUCCUUUAUUAUGAAGUAGAAUCAGGAACGCCAAGUCCUUCUAAAAGCUCUAAGAUAAUGAAACCCUCAACACUUACUGGUGAUUCACAACUCAAUGAUGAAGAUCUGCUCCAAAGCUAUCUUAGAUUGGAUGUCCCUUUACAGAAAUUUUAUAGCGAGUGGUCGAAGAGUGAUCCUUUAUUUGAAAAAGUUUCAAAUGAUUUUCUCGGAGUGCGACUUUUAAAUCAAGAUGUUGUGGAAAAUAUAUUCUCAUUCAUAUGCUCAUCAAAUAAUAAUAUUAUAAGGAUAUCAUCAAUGGUUGAAAAACUAUGCUUAUUUUACGGAAAUGAGAUUGCCACUGUAGAUGGGAUUAAGUAUUACAGCUUUCCCAAAGUGACGGCUCUAGCUGAUCCAUCAGUAGAAUCGAAGUUAAGAAGUGCUGGGUUUGGAUACCGAGCUAAAUUCAUUCAGCAGUCAGCUGAAAAAAUUGUUGAAUUAGGUGAAGAGGCAUGGUUGACUAAUUUGCAAAAAUUGCCUUACAUCGAUGCUAAAAAGGAGUUAAUGAAGCUUGCAGGAAUCGGUGCAAAGGUUGCAGAUUGUAUAUGUUUAAUGUCCUUAAACCAUCUCGAAGCCAUUCCUGUUGAUACUCAUGUUUUUCAAAUCGCUCAGAGGUAUAUGCCUCAUUUGAAGAAGUGCAAGACUGUAACCGACAAGGUUUACAAUGAAAUUGGAGAGUAUUUCCGUUCAUUGUAUGGUGUUUAUGCCGGUUGGGCUCACACGAUCCUAUUUUGUGCAGAUCUGAGAAAAUUUCAAGAUGUACCGACUAAUAAGGAGCAUACUAUAGAAUCUAUCAAAGAAACGAAAAAAGUUGCUGCCAUGAAACGGAAAAAUGCGCCUACAAAAACUGCUGUUAAGAAAGCAAAGAGAAAAUGAUAGGGAAUUAACUUCUUCGGCAGUCCCCUGUAAAAGUGUGAUGAAUCUUUUUUAAUCUGACUCUUUUUUAAGAGAAAUGUGUCCAGAAUAAGUUGAUGUGAAGGCAGUAAUGAAUGCUUUUAUUAUUUUACCCAUUGAUUUAAUUGAUUAUGCUCCUUCUUCGGCAAAAAGCGUUUUUUCCCGUCUAGUGCAAAAAGUUCCCGUCUGCAUUGAAUGACGUUUUAUUUAAACUGAGACAUGCAUAAAAGCUGUAGCUAAAUUGAUGUGCACAGAUUCAAAGAAUCUAUUAGACGAAUUUAUGCUAAAAAGAACUAUGUUGCGUGCAAACUCUUUGCAGUUAGUUCCUUUUAGCAUAUGUACAUUCUAUUGGUAUUCACUUCUGCAGUAGAAGACUACAAACAAUGUGUUUUCUCAGAGCUAUGUUUCCAUUAUUACUAAGGGUGAAUACUUGGAAUCAGGACAGAUUUUUUUAUUUUUCAUUUUUCUAAUAAUUACUACCGUCACCCCACUAAACAAGGUCCAAGAUGGCUUUUGACAUGUCUUUAUUUUCCGAGUGCCCAAUCUGAAAUGUUUACUUUCAUUCUCUCUCCCUCCAUGAGACAAAUGUGUGAAAUAAAUACGGAAAAGUUUUAAUAUUUUAUCAAGCUAUAGGGAAUUUUAAUACCUUUCACUAAGAUUUUAGAAAUCGUCACCGGGAGGAAGGGGGUCAGAAUGAAAUUGUUUUGAAGAAUUCCGGACCGUGUAUUUAUUCACCUCAUUGUCAAUCUAAUAUUUGAUAAGCAUUUCAAGUAUUUUAGUUUCUAAAAAUGGGAAAGAAGAAAGUUAUUAGAUGAUUUCAGUAUAAAAAUAGUUUUUUCUUUUUUUACUUUGAGUAUAAAAAGUUUUAUUUACAAUUAUCAUUGCAUAAAAUUAUAAAAAGGAUAAAAUCCAUACAAAAUUUAUAUAAAAUCAAACAUAAAAGAUAAAAUAACAUUAAUUUAGCAAAACUAAAAAUCUAUUUUUUUGAAUUUUUUUUCAUAAAAAUUACCCUGAAUAAAUAAGUACAAUUCCAUGAAUUUUAAAGCCGAGAGGAAUCCAAGGCACAGCAUGUAAUCUGUAACAAACAAAAAAAAUUCACAUCAAAAUUUAAACAAAUUUACUAUUUUCCUAUGUAAAAAUUGGAUUUUCCUGGCAGAGAUUUUCGGAGCUGGGUAGUGAUAAUAAACGUCACAACGUUGUGUGUGAAAAUCUUUCCGUAGAUGUUUUUCUGGGCAGAAAUGCUAGUGUUCUAAUCUAUCUAACAUGGUAAAUCUUUCCUGUGAUCUCCUCAGAUUUGAAAGUGUGUUUGAAGUUGGAUAAAUCUCGAUAAAUUUGUAUUUUUACCUUACAGUCUGUGACUGUUUUUCAAUUUGCCAUUUUAAGUGCUCUCGUCAUAUGUGCUAUCUUAAAAAAAUUAAUCUUUUGCUUUCAAGAGCACAAUAACAUAAAUGACAUCAUUUUAGUGACCGAAACAGACAAGUUUAGUUGAAACGAGGUGUCAACUAUUGCAUUGUUAAUCUUUGUAACUAUUGAUCAAUAAAAAUGAUUCAAAACAAC